AUGCAUGAUUUAUUCGGUGUUUCUCUGGUACACAAUCAUUUUCAAUUGAAUGAUGGUGAAUAUGUUGAAACAGCUGUUAAAUCUAUCGAUACCGACGUUGAACAAUUGAUGGCCAAUUAUUCAAUUAAUGGCCAUUCAUUUGCAUUUCAUACCAAGGCUUCAACAUCAUCAUCAAUGGACAAUGCUGUACCAUACAUGUGGGCAUAUGACAAGACUACAAAUGCCUAUUUUCCAACUCAAUUUUUUGAUGGAAACAACAAUAAAAUUGUUGAACGUUUGACAAAAUUGUGCGAUCGAACCAAUUUGAUCGAAUUUCUCAAUGAAUACAAAGUUGAACUAAUGAAAUAUGGUUUAGAAAAUGAUCUCGGUUUGUUUUUGCUUUAUCAAGAUCUUGUCGAACACAACAAAUCGGCUGAAGUUUCCUAUGAAGUGACAGAUGUCAAAAUUCGAGAACAAGUUUUGUUCGUUUCACCAAAGGGAAGUGUACAACAACUUAUGGAACAUUAUGGUCAUAAUUGUGUUCGAAAUACACAUUGGACAAUUAUUCAAAAUGAUGAUGGCUCAAUAAGCAAAGCAAUCGGUGGUUGUAUCUGUGGCAUCGAUUGUUGA